UUUAAGCGUAAUUGUCGAUUUUUAGGCCCAUGUUGGAAUUUGUAAUCAGAUGUAAUGGUAUUCCGUUAUUUAUAAGCCACAGAAGGGUAAAGAAUUAACUUAAUGUAUUUAGUUGAGUGUUUGUUUAUGUUACUGAAGUAACCGCCUUUAAAGUUAAUGUUAUAAACGUCGUAGUUUUACGCUCGUAUAAAACAAUGCACGUCAUUCACUUUUGCACUCGUAUAAACGUAAAAGUACCACUGUACAAUUAAUUAAGCAAUAGGAAUAUUGAUUUUUCAGUAAACACGCAUACACUGAUUGACAGUUUGACACACAUUGUUCUUUUAAUUAUAUAGACUUAGAAGCACAUUGAGGUAAAAUAUUCAUGUCAUUUGAGAAUAUUUUCAUUUGAGGAGAGCCUCAGAUUGAAUCUUAGAAAACCAUAGAACCCUCCAGCUUCCAGGAACCUUUGUUUUUCCUCAUCAUCGAUCUACAAGAUUUUCUUGUACAUCACCAAAUUAUGAGUCAUCUCAUGUCCCUAUUUAAAAUGCAUGGAUUUAUCUCAAGGAAUGACUUUACCUGAACUUUAUGGCCAAAUUAGACUUGUCACAGCUGAAACAGCCACUAAUUUCAACCUUCUGGUGUAUGAGAUGUAUUCAGUUUCUUGUAAUUUUGGAUUACAUUGGGGGCCAGUGAAGCUGGAAUGGUUUCUACAGGACAGUACAACUACUCUGGAGUGCUGGACCAACGUUAAAGAGAUAUUUACAGAACCCACACCUUCCAACUUCACCCCCAACUCAUUGCAUGUGCAUACAAUUGACUCCACCACAAAUGAGAAUCGUCGAUUAAUAGGGAGAACAUCAUACAGAUUCCAGGCCAUGAAGUAUGAUACCACGCAUACACACACAGCUGCCAGGCUCAGCCUCACUGAAAAUUUGAAGAAAGGAACCUUUCAUCCUCACAUACCUACAUUUAAACCCAUGGAACAGAGCUAUUCAUCCCAACCGCCCUCGAUUUUAGAAUCAGUUACCAGCGUUGGAUUGGACCGGGACAUCUGUAGAAUCUGUCACUGUGAAGGAGACUUGGAGUUCCCUCUUAUUACUCCAUGUCUCUGUGCAGGGAGUCUCCGCUACAUCCACCAAGACUGUCUCCAACAGUGGAUAAAGAGCUCCGACACUCGCUGCUGUGAACUGUGCAAGUUCGAGUUUAUCAUGCACACAAAAUCUAAACCCUUUCGAAAGUGGGAAAAGCUUGAUAUGUCCCCGGUUGAGCAGCGGAAGGUCCUAUGUUCCAUAACGUUUCAUGUAGUUGCAGUCACGUGCGUUGUGUGGUCUUUGUACGUGCUCAUUGAUCGUACUGCAGAAGAGAUGAGAUCUGGAAUACUAGAUUGGCCGUUUUGGACAAAACUAAUCGUUGUCACGAUCAGUUUUACGGGAGGACUAGUCUUCAUGUACGUCCAGUUUAAAAUGUAUGUUCAAUUGUUUAAUCGCUGGAGAAGUUUCAACCGUAUCAUUUAUGUACAAAAUGCCCCCGAGAAAGGAACACUCAGCACAGAGCUCCCCCUUAAGAAUGAAGAUGUAACGAUCACUGUAGGUAAGGGAGUGUCCCCAACAGAAGAGUUCAACAGUUGUGCCUGUGGUAGCUUACAUUCUUUAGAUGUAAAUGACUCAAUUGAUGCUCUACCAGAUUCCGCCACUGUCCCUGGAAGUAACCUUUCAAUAUCUGAAGAUGAUUUUCUCCUAGCGACUGUUGUCAAAGAAAUGUCACUAGGCAACGCUCGUGUUAAAGAAUCAAAAUGUUGAGCACCUCUGAGUUUCACUGUGUAGUAAACAAGACUCUAUAAAGUUUCUGCAGCGCUUGGUUCAUGACUCAUUAA